AUGGAGUGGGGCCUCGGCCUCCUGCUGCCCCUCUUCUUGGGGCUGCUGCGGCGCGGCCGCGGUGCCCUGGAGGUGGAGCCGCCCGAGCCCGUGGUGGCGGUGGAAGUGGGUGGGUCGCAGCAGCUGACCUGCCGCGUGGCCUGCGCGGACCCCGGGGCGGCCUCGGUGCAGUGGCGCGGCCUGGACACCAGCCUGGGCGCCGUGCAGUCGGGCGCGGGCAGCAGCGUCCUCUCCGUGCGCAAUGCCUCGCUGGCGGCGGCGGGGAUCCGCGUGUGCGUGGGCUCCUGCGGGAACUCCAACUUCCAGCGGACCGUGGAACUGCUGGUGUUCUCCUUCCCGGACCAGCUGACGGUCUUCCCAGUGGCCCUGGUGGCCGGGCGGGACCAGGAGGUGACCUGCACAGCCCACAACGUCUCGCCUGCCAGGCGAGACGACCAGAACACCGUCUCCUUCUCCCUGCUCCUGGGGGACCGGGAGCUGGAGGGGGCGCAGGCCCAGGACCCGGAACUGGAGGAGGAGUCCCAGGACGGCGAGGACUCGCUGUUCCAAGUGACACAGCGCUGGCUGCUGCCCCUGCUGGGGACCUCCCCCCCGCCCGCCCUCCAAUGCCAGGCCACCAUGAGGCUGCCCGGCUUGGAGCGGAGCCACCGCCAGCCCAUUCCAGUCCUGCACAGCCUGACCUCCCGGGAGCCCCCUGUCAUGACCUCCCCAGAGGCAACGCCCCAGCAGGGCUCCACCCGCAGCCCUGGGAGUCCAGACCCCACGAGUCCUCGCCCCACCAGUCCAGGCCCCACCUCUGGGAACAGCUCCGCCAGGACCUGCCGCCCUGAGAUCCACCAGUCGCCUGCGCCAGGGGGCCUGGAGCUGCUGUGUGAGGCGGCCUGCAGCCCUGGUGUGGCCGUGCGCUGGAUCCAAGCCCCUGGUGGUCUGGAGGCCUACGAUAGGCGGGAGGCCGGAGCCCAGGCUUGGCUGAGCAUGCUGUGGGCCGAGUGCACCCCCGAGGGGUGGUUCCAGUGUCGCCUGGACCCCGGGGGCCAGAUGGCCAGCCUGUACCUGGUCCCGCAAAUCUGCUCCCCAGUGCCGUCCGCGACCGUGUGGACGGGCAGCGUGGUGCUGGCGCUGCUGCUGCUGGUGGUCCUCACCUAUCGCCUGUGGAAAUGCUGCCGACAGACCACGGGGCCCACCAGCUCCUCUGGGCCCCCUGCCCUGCCUGGACCUGACUGAGGGGGUGGGAGUCAGGAGGUCACUCCUGAAGUGACCGGCUGUUCCUUCACUCACUUUUGACUGGAGGACGU